AGCAGGGAAUCUAAAAUCUGCAUUGUUCUCUACAUGGACAGCGACUUUUGUUUCCAUCGUGAUCUCUUUGGCGGAGGUGCUCGUCGUGAUUUGAUCACGUGAUUACGUCAGCUACAUUUUCACGUCGGACGUUGUCGCGUUGACGUGGCUGAAACCGUCUCUGACCUCUGUCAACGGAAUCCAACCUGUCUUGUCCGGUAUAUGUUAAUUUAAACUUAAAACCGGAGACAAAUGGUGCACCUUAACCGAACCGGACCAAAUUAAUAAGGAGAAUAAGAAGUAGUGGACACGUGGAGGGUAGAUAUUAGAGUUUAGUUUUGGAGCUUAAAGGCAAAGUGGAGAACAGAAGGAUAAACGCGUAAAAGUAAAGCAACACAUAAAUCUCUUCCCCAAUUUGUUUAUCCAUUUCGUUCUCUGGAUCUUUGGAAACUCUUUGGAAAGUCUACUGUAACGAUUCAAAAAUCUUUGGUCUGCGUCUAAGAGUGGCUUUAUAGCGAACUUGUUUGAAGGAGUGGAGAAGAAGGGUGAUAGCAACAUGGAAGAAGAAGCUACGCCAUCAGUGAAGUAGUGAGAACUCUAUUCUGUUAUCUAUGGGGAUGUGUAACUUACUCCAUUAUGUUUUCUGUUGUAUUCUCUUUCAGUUCUUGUUUUACAGACUUCAGUGUUGUCUGUUGUAAUACAGUGUACUCUGCCGGUAUCUAGUAGAGUUGGUUGACUUGAAAGAAUUGAUUUACAUAGAAUUGGGGGUGGAAAUAAAAAACCAUUAAAAUGUAACCACUUCUAUGUUAGCUUAGCAUAUGUCAAUUGCAAAUAAUCUUUUGUUAAUUACAACCGCCCGAUCACCAAUGCACUUCAUCGUAGUAACGCGAUCUAUUGUUUAAAAAAGUUGCUCUACUCUUCACUUUUGUAGGUCAUGACCAUUUUAAACCACACUUGGCAUAUCUUCUAAAAAAUUUCAAAUUGCUUCAACCGUUAGCAUUUGGGAUUCUCUCCUUCUUCAAAAUACCAUCUGGGUUUGCUUGGGUUUUACAAAAUUGAACAAAAGUUUCCAUCUUUCUCUGUUACUAUACUUUUUGCUUGCUGCAUACUGUGGGGUUCCAAGUUCAGUGAUCAUUGAUUGUGGGGAAAAACUUUCAUCAGAGCUUCUUCUUCACUCAGAUCUGACUCUUGGGGGAAGUUUGAAGAAUGGAUUUGCAUUUGAAGAACUUGUUUGGUAGGUUUCAGGAUCAAUUCGGGUCAGGUCCGGGUCUUGGACCUGGAUCCGGUGUAUGCUUGAUGAAAGUUGAAGGUAUAUCUUCCAACAUUAUUCAAUCCAUUUUUAGAGCUUCAGCUUCUUUAUACAGAAGUGAGCCAUGGAAGAGGCUCAGACCGGGUCAUUUGUUUGGUGUUCGGGUUGGGAAAGACUCAGAUUGGUCAGGAAAGAGACAGCCUUUUCAAUGUGUUCAGUUCAUAGGAGGUGAUGGUGGUGAUAUAGCUAUCUAUAUGUAUAGGUCCAUGAGCUGUGCACUGAAAAUGACUGAUGAUGAUUCAUGGGAAAUGGCUAGAGUUCCUAAUGUUGAGGUAUUUAGGGUUACUUAUGAGAGUGAAUCGUUCAUGCUUCCUUCUAACAAGAGGAUGGUUAAGUCUUUGUCUUUAGAAGUUUCUGGAACUGAUCGGUUUCCUGUCAUCGAUGUUGCGCGGUGCAUGACCUCUGGUGAGCUUCAGUUUAGAAGCCCGACACUCGAAGAGCUGAGGCUUGUGUUUGCUGUGAUGAAAGCUCUUUCUUUGGUUCAUCCUUUGCUGCGUCAAGAGGAGAAGCAAGUCAGGGGAUUGCCAAGGAUGAUAAAGUUUUCACCUUUUAUCGAGACUGUUGAUGUUCAGUGGCCAUCAGAGAUGUUUAAAGGUCAUGAUUUUGUUGCUGUCACGGUCUCUCAUCCUCCCGGUCAAUCAUAUGAACAGAAGUUUAAGAAAACUGCGAUGGCACGCGAAGAUGAUGAGUUGGAAAUAGUUUCUGGCAUGAUCAAUCUGCGAGUAGGUCAAGGUGCAGAAGUGGGUUUAAGACAGUGCACAAUGUGUGAGAAAGCUGCUCAUAGAGAUGAGUCUGUUUGUUGUAGCCAUUGCCGUGCAACCAUCUAUUGUGGUUUAGACUGUGAGAAACGGCAUUGGCGAGAGAUGCAUCGGAGUGUCUGUAGUCUCUAUGAAGCUAUGAUGAGUAGAGAAGAAGAGCUCAAGAUAAAGAUCUUCACUUUCUCGUGUUAUGCUGAGAACCCAUGUGAAUGGCUUGGAUCUUUAGGCAUCCAUAAAAAGGGAAUGUGGAGAAGACAAUGCAGUUGCUAUUCUCACCAACCUUUCGGACUCUUGCAGUGUUUUUCCACAGAUGCACAAUCUGAAUCAUGGGGAGGGCUAGAGGACGGGGAUUAUCCACAAGAUUUACCGAUUCAGAAUCUGAACAACGGGCGUUCCCCGGGUAUGAUCCUCAUGUCAGAUUGGUCAGAUUACUAUGAUUUACGAUGUCUACCACGGUCAAGCCCCGUUUCUGACAUUCUCUGUUACCCUUUAACCCUCUACCACAUAUUAACAUCAGUAAGCACUCAUUCCAAGAAUCUGUUGCUGAAAGGGAAAGAUGUGACUGUCCAUUACUUAGGUCCAGAACGAGAACUCGACUGGAUCAAAACAUUUGCAGAGAUCAAUCACUUGCUUAAUGGUUUAGGAACCGUGCAGAUCAUAAUGAUCGGACCUGAGGUUCCAUCUGACUUAUCUGGUACAACAUCAACCACCUCAAAAACAAACAGCAGAGUUAAGGUGAGCUUUGUGAAAGGUUUGUACCAAGACGAGGUAAUGUACCUGACUUCACCGGAUAUCGUUGUAGCCUUGAACUGUGACCUGGACGGGCACUCGAGCUGGGCAGGAGCGGUUGAGACAGUGAACAAUAUGGGCAUCCCCGGUUUCUUCACUGAUAAGACAGAAGAAGCUUGCGGAAAUGCAAAGGCAGUUUUGCGUAACGCAGGGCUGAAUAUCUCUCAUCCGGUUGCUCCUAACCCUUUCCGCUCACCUGUAAGGUCUUGUGCAAAGUCCAGCAAUCUUCCCUGUUACGGCAACGGCUUCAUCCUCGGGGUGAACACAUAAAAGACUUGUCUAAAUGUUGUAAUAAGCAUUAGAAUUAAAGAAAACUUAGCCAUUAUAGUGGCAAUUGUGUUCACUUCUGUACAAAAUGUCAUACAAUGUGGGAUUUAAACCAAUCAUCCUACUUUGCUUGAAGAGAUAAUCCUUUCUUUUUAGACUUUUUCUUUUUCUUUUUCAGUUUCGGAGUAAAUACAAUACGGCUUUCUUUAACUAUACA